AUGAAAAUUCUAGUUUUCGGCAGGCUCCUAUUAAUGCUGUUCGUCGCCAGAAUUGACGCUUUUUCAGUGCACGGCCCGGCUGAGCCUCUAAUUGUUCAGCCUGGAGACUCUGUGAUGCUGCCAUGUUCUGUGGACACCCCACUACCACUGCAGGAGCUGGAGGUGGAGUGGAAAAGGAUAGACUCUGAGACCAUGGUGCACCUGUUCCAAGAUGGAGAGAGCAGGCCAGAGUCACAGGACGAAAGAUACAGUGGAAGAGCUGAGUUUUUUGUUGAUGAAAUCCCCAAAGGCAAUUUCUCUUUGCUGCUUGUGAAUGUGUCUCCUGAAGACCGAGGCAAGUACAAGUGUGUCGUUUACACGAACCAGGAGUCCAGGGAAGCCUAUGCAGAUUUAGCCAUGGAAUGGCUGGUAGUGACGGGUGCAGAUGAGGCUGUUUUUGUGUAUGCGGGUGAAGAUGUGAUUCUUAACUGCUCCGUGGACACCCAUAUGCCUGUUGAAGAAUUAGAGGUUAAGUGGAUAAAGACUGACCAAGGAAUCAUGGUGCUGCUGUUUGAUGAGGGGCAGAACAGACCCGAGUCCCAGCAUGAGAGGUACAGUGGACGUGCCGAGUUCUUCACUGAGGAGAUCCCCAAAGGCAACUUCUCUAUGAAGCUGAGAAAUGUGAGAACUGAAGACAGGGGGGAAUUCAUGUGCAAAGAGCUGGAGGUGGAGUGGAAAAAGACAGACUCUGAGACCAUGGUGCACCUGUUCCAAGAUGGACACAGCAGACCAGAGUCACAGGAUAAAAGAUACAGUAGGAGAGCUGAGUAUUUUGCUGAUGAAAUCCCCAAAGGCAAUUUCUCUUUGCUGCUUGUGAAUGUGACUCCUGAAGACCGAGGCAAGUACAAGUGUGUCGUUCACACAAGCCAGGAGUCCAGGGAAGCCUAUGCAGAUUUAGUCAUGGAAUUAGAGGUUGAGUGGAUAAAGACUGACCAAGAAAUCCUGGUGCUGCUGUUCCUUGAGAGGGAGAGCAGACCUGAGUCCCAGCAUGAGAGGUACAGUGGACGUGCCGAGUUCUUCACUGAGGAGAUCCCCAAAGGCAACUUCUCUAUGAAGCUGAGAAAUGUUUUUUAA